CUGUGGGAAAUUGAAGUGAAAGCACUUUUAUAAGCACCGUUGUGUGAACGAGGGAUUGAAAAUUUGUUCGAACUACCACUGGUUGGUCGGUAUUACGAUCGUUGUUUUCUCGUUAUUGAAAUUUAUUUUUAAAAAUAAACUGAAAAAUUGUGCUGUUUAUGUGAGAAGUUGCAAUCGAAUGAUGAGAGCUAUCUACAUGAAUGAAAGCAACGAAUGCUAUAAGAGCACAAGAACAUUUUAUUAUAAUUUUUGAAUGAAAACAUUAAUUCAUAGACAAAAAAUGAAACAUCUGUGUUGAACAUUGAUAAACUCUCGUGUGUAAUAUUGAUGUGAACUCUCUGGAACACUCAAAGAAUGUUAACUUCUGGUUUUUAUUGAUAAAAAAAAAUCAUUCGGAUUGGUAUGUCGAAUGUUGUGGUUGUGAUAAUGUAUAACAUGACCACGUCCACUGCUACAAAGCCACUAAUUUUAGUAAUGUAAUUGAAUCUGACGACAGAUUUUAGUUUAAACACUGUCGAUCCAAUCUCGGAUGAAUAUUGUAUUAAGUUUGUGUGUUGUGUUGUGUUGAGACCAACAACAUCACCGAACAAUUUAUAAUUAAUAGCACAGAGUGGAUAGAACACCGUGGAGUAACUGACUUGUAUUAAUAAUCAGUAUGUGCAUGUGUUUCCAUACAAAGUUAAAUAUUAACUAUGAAAACGCCGUUUUCCCGGCAGCUGGAUACUAAAUGUGCUAUAACGAAUUCAUGGAAUUUUGCGAUGUUAAAUCCAUUUCGGCAGAUGAAGCUAAAAAAUUAAUUUAUUUAAACGGUGUUCCCGAAAUCCAGCGCUGCUGAUAUGGUCUUGUCGACAUAGAUGAAACGAAACAUCCCUGCGGCAUGGCAUUUGCAUUACAGUUAUAAAUAAAAUUUAUUGACAGAUUUUGUUGCAAGUGAAAUAUGAGUUUGAUUGCGAUUUAUUGGCUCGCAUUUGUUCGAUUAUCGCUGUCAUUGGCUCCGCAUGAACUGACCAUUUUGAUAAGAAGUCAAAGUGAUUUAUACAACCGACAAUUUGCCAUCGAUUUGAAAGAGGACAUAUUACAACAGACACACGGAUUAAAACCACCGCAAAUCUAUCUAACCCACGAAACAUUUAAUCACGGAUCAUGGGCUAUCACACCACUGUUGGUGGAAAAUCUUCGGAAAAUUUUCACCUCCGAAACGAAAUGGCUCAUUUUAUGCGAAGAUCAAAGUGGUGUAGAUUUAACGGCUUUGGUAGAUAAUUUAAACAAAGAGGAUUUUAGUGCGGAAGCUUUCAUGGGCUAUCCGUUAAUGGACAAGGAAGCGACGAUUAUUCAUCAUUUUGCAUUUUUUGAAAAUCCAUCAUGGUUUUUGUAUCCGUUAUUGAAAGCCGGUGUCGCAAUUACUAUUCCACUGCUAAACAGGCUAUUAGAACGUUUGAAUAAUGAAAAAUUUUCAACGGAAUUUUUCAUUGAUGCGUCCCACGAGUUUUCUCUGUUUGUUUGGAACAAUGGCAACGGACAUAAAUUAACGUCUGCACCGUACUUUUGUCAGCAGAGAAAAAUCGGGUGUGCAAUAUAUAGUAAACCAUAUGCAACAUGUGAUAAUAAAUGGAUUCCGAACGAAAAUAUCCUGUUUGCUGUGAAAACGUGUUCAAAAUUUCAUUUCGAUCGAGUUCCAGUUAUUCAGUCCACGUGGAGGCGAGAUGUUAAAUUAAUCCGAUUUUACAGUGAUGUUACAGAUUCAACAAUACCAACGAUCAAUACACUCAUUCCCAAUACAGAAGCAGGGCAUUGUGAUAAGGCGCUUUCAAUUUUCGAUUUGAUACUGAAAGAAAUCAGUUCAAACGCCAGUUUAAGCACUGUAAAAUGGGUGGUUUUAUCCGACGACGAUACUUUAAUCAGUGUAAGACAAUUACAAAGAACGCUUUCAUGUUAUGACUCAUACGACGGCGACCUAUAUCUCGGCGAACGAUAUGGCUACCGAUUACUGUCUCCAGAUGGCUUCAACUACAUAACUGGUGGCGGAGGAAUUGUGUUCAGUCUUAGUACAAUAAAUAAACUUAUCAAUCGAUGCUCAUGUCCGACUAGCUCGGCACCCGAUGACAUGAUAAUAGGAAUUUGUCUGAAACAAUUAGGAAUCGAACCGAUUCAUUCGUCAUUGUUUCAUCAGGCAAGACCAACAGACUAUUCGGAAGAGCUGCUUACCGAUUCACCAAUUUCCUUUCAUAAAUUUUGGCAGAUUGAUCCGUACGAAGUUUAUAGUAAAUGGUUUCGUAACACGAACGAAACUGAAAUUAAUACUCCGACCUGCACGACGAGGAGCGAUAUAGAUGUCGAUUUAAGUACAAUAAAACAUGUUGACCUGUAAAUAUAUAGAAAACACGAAUUUGGUCUUUGAUUUAAGUAUUUGA